AUGUUGAGGAUCUCGCAACCAGCUAAAUAUGUAAUCCUCAGCUCCAGAACGUCAAUUCAAACUGGAAGAUCGAUGAGAUGUUAUGGCGAUGCACCAGCAAUGCCUAGUAUUGUUACACCUUUUCUUACAUACUUUUCUGAUGCGAAUAUAACUCAAGGACUAAAUAUAGGCAUGGAAUGUAAGUUGUUUUCUCGUUUCUGAGCUUCUUUUAGUGAUUCACGGGACUGGAUUACCCUGGGUGGGGACAUUUGUGGUUGCGGGGCUUGGACUGCGUCUCGCUACAGCGCCAUUUCACGUCUAUGCGGAGAAACUGUUUGCUAGGCGUAUAAAUGCUUACAACUACUUCCAAACAGAGGUCUUAAAGGUACGCUAAAUUAUUUUAAUUUAUUUUAAUAAUGAAAUGCCGUUGUAUUGUCUAUUUUUAGAGAGUCGCCAAAAACAACAACAAACCAAUAGUACCAGACGAAAGUGGGACCAAAUUGGUUAUUGCGAAUGAUCCGGAAUUAACCGCUAAAGCGAGUAAAGCUGUAAGAACUUUGAUUUUUUGAGUGUUACGUUGCUUUAGGCAGAAGAGGCGUUAAUGAAGUAUGUAGUGGAAAACAAGUUGCAUUCAUCCAGAAUUCAGACGUUGAAGCUAUGCACAGUGCCGUUUUGGAUUUACUCUUCGUUUGCUAUACGAAACGUCAUAAGUGGUAAGUAAAUAGUUCAUGAUUGAUUUUUUUGAGUAUUAAUACAGCUUUUUGUUAAUGUAAUUCUUAUCUUAUAGCUGAUUUUGCUCCUGCAUUAAACGGGUUUCUUUGGAUUGACGAUUUUCUGCUGCCGGAUCCUUACUUUGUCCUGCCAGUGGCAGUUGCUGUCUUUGGGUUUUUGAACCUUUAUGUAAGUAUAAUCUCGAAAAAUAGGUUGUACUUUUGCCGCAAAGUUUAUGAAUUUAAUUUUAGUCCCAAAGGCUUAUCUUUCCACGUCAGCCAACCACGCUCAACAAGUUCUAUGAUGGUUUUCUGGGGGCGUUUACAAUGGCCGCCACCUUGAUAAUGAUUAAAAUGCCAGCGGUAAGAUUAGAAACUUUUAAUGAAUAUUGUUUUAGUGCAUCCCCUUAUAUUGGUUGACAGUUAGUGCAACUGGCCUAGUCCAAUCAUUACUUCUUCGACAUCCCAAAGUAAAAUCGCUCCUCGGAAUCUCUCGACUACCAUAUGACACUCGAACCCCUCUCAGAGAUCUGUUUUUACUCAGAAAACGACAGAAGUUGUAA